GUGUGUGUGUGCGCGUGUAAAGCAGAUACCGGUGUCCGCAUGGUGCCGCCUUUUUCCACACCUGCAGAGUUAAAACUAAACUAGGAAAAGGCACGAGGUAAACCAUCACAACUCUAAAAGCAAGAUGUGCGGCACUCGCUGCCUUCCCACAAACCCUCACCCUCACAAAUAAAUAAUUAAACAAACAAGGAACCGCAGAGCGAACGGGGGAUGUGAUGAGUCACCGGCGUUGUCGGUCUACUUUGAUCAGCCGCAGUCGGAGUCUCGCGCUAUGAAAUAUCUAAAAAAGACGAAUAGUCGGUGAGUCAGUUUAGAGUAACGCCGUUAAAGUUCCACCUGACUCACCGCCGCUCCACCCCAACAUACAUAUACCCACGUUGGCGGACCUAUCCUUACGGAUGGUUAUAUAGCCAUGACAUAAAAUUAAGUAAGUAAUUAAUUUAAUAAGCAAGCAAACGAGGGGCAAUAGUACCAAGAGACUCAUUUUGAUUGUUAUAAUUAUUAAUGGGUUUUAAUGGAUGUUUUUGUGGUAUUGUUAAUUAUUAAUGGAAACUACUCGCAGGACGAAAAUAUGAUACACGCGCGCGCGCACACAUAUAGGGUCCAGGUCAGAGAGACAAAAGUAACACAAGGGGUGGGGAGGGAGAGCAGAGGCCAGGACUGCGUGACGUCAUAUAUAUACUCAGCUGACACGCGGCUCGCCCCAUGCCUCAACUGGCCAGAACACACGCACCUCUCGUUAACACACUUUCUGUUCGGUACGAAUACGCCCCGGUCAGGUGAGCUGACUGAAUCGACAUUGCUGUAAUAAGACAAAGGAGUGCUUUAUGACACACGCCUGAGUCCUGCGACUCCGCUGCUGUUCUCAGCUCCGUGCGGUUGUUUGCUCUGGGUUUUAUUUGUUCGUUAAGGGCAGAUUUAUUUAUGAACUCGUUUACUGUUUGAUAAACAGGAUUCAAUACAGCACAGUCGCAAGUGUUUCCCUCACUCUUUGGUUGAAUCCCACCAAAUGAGAAGGAGGGUGGCACAUUGCUCGGUGGAUACUCAGCUUGCGACAUUGAUCAAUUUUCGUCAUUGCAGCUGAAGAAUCCAGCGGCGCGUGCUCUCAACUCUGCAUUCAGUUGAAGAUUCCGGGAAUUCCUGGAGUUUAUGCUCGAGGUGCAUUCGGAAGAAUCAGUCGGUCUUGACUUGUCAGGACUUACUCGGAAACAAAGACACAUAUCGGAAGGUUACCGACCAGUUUAUACAGAGUGUGGACAGUAGAAUGGCGCCGUGGGAAGGACCCUUACAGGUUCCUGUCUAUACAUUUAAGCUGCGAGACAGAAAAUAAAGGCUCGCCACGACCUACACCUGCUGCAUUCGGUCGCGACGAAGAAGACGGGGCAAAACAAGGACUGCCAAUUAGCAGCAGUAGCUGCAGAGUUCGUGGAAAAUACAGAGAAGGGCACACGCCAAUGAAUCGGUCAUGUCUGUGUCGAUGAGUAACUACAAGGACUGUUCUUCACCACGCGAGUAGGCGAAUGCCCCAUUGACGGGCUAAAGAUUCAGCGCCACAUGGCACAGCGAGCAAAUCGUUCUGACUUACAUGAGCUGGGAAAAAUACAGUUGAAACAUAUCACCAAAGGAAAAGGGUCACUGUACGUGAGCGCGUGAUGAUGAAUGACCGUUUGGUCACAAGCCUGUUCGUUUCAGCGCGUGGAAACGAUGCGCAGUCGACUCAGCGCGGAGUCAAAACCUCACCCGGUACACUGAAAACGUUCGGCUAGUUCAUACAUACAGAGCAUAUACAUAUCCAUACUCACAGAGAUAAAAACAGACACAACUAACAGUGUCAGCUCGGAGAACAAUGGAAUUAUCUGAAGUUCGGUGUUCCAGCGCAAGCGAAGAACUGUACACUAUCAACAAAACCCCCACGAGCAGCAAUGGGGGCCGACCAAAGCGCCUGCUGUGGCAAAAUGCCGUUCGCCACAUCACCGAGCAACGGUUCAUUCACGAGCACAGCAGCCCGAAGGCCGCUUCAGGGGAUGGUGUACAGGGACAAGACUCGCGCAAACAGUCAGCCGGCAGGACUUCAGUGAGUGACCGGCACAACAACGGUGGCACGAAAGUCUUCCCCGAGCGCUCGAGCAGCGACCUGGGUUUCCUACAGAUCGACUGUGCGCCCAGUAACUCGGAUUUCUUCUUGAGCUGGGGAUACACGUACCGCGGGGUCAUCUUUCCCACACUGCGCUAUGCCUUCAAGUCCCGCGAGCUGGAGCGGCUGUACCAGCGCUACUUCUUGGGCCAACGGCGUAAGUCUGUGGUGGUGAUGAACAUUCUGGACGUGGUGACCAAGCUAACGCUACUCGUUCUGCAUCUGACACUUGGCGCCACGCCCGUGGACCCCAUUAAGGGAAUGCUACUCGGGUUCUUCACUGGCAUCGAGGUGGUCAUCUGCGCGCUCGUCGUGGUGCGUAAGGACACGAGCUCACACGGUUAUCUGCAGUAUAGCGGCGCGGUGACCUGGGUGGCCAUGGCUACGCAGAUCCUAGCGACGGGGCUUGGGUACGGCUUGCUCGGGGACGGGAUAGGGUACGUUCUCUUCACGCUCUUCGCCACCUACAGCAUGCUGCCGCUGCCGCUCACGUGGGCCAUAGUGGCAGGUCUGCUGACCUCCGCCCUCCACAUCGCUCUCCAGUUGCUUGUGGCUCCCCAGGCCCAGCUUUCUACAAAUCAGCUGUGUGCCCAGAUGUUGUUAUUCCUGUGUAUGAACACUGCUGGGGUGUUUAUCAGUUACCUGGCAGACCGUGCACAGCGCCAGGCCUUCCUGGAGACACGAAGGUGCAUCGAGGCCCGACUCCGCCUGGAGACAGAGAACCAGAGACAGGAACGGCUGGUGUUGUCAGUGCUGCCUCGAUUUGUGGUCCUGGAGAUGAUUAAUGAUAUGAGUAAUGUAGAGGAUGAGAACCUGCAGCAUCAGUUUCACCGCAUCUAUAUCCACCGCUAUGAGAACGUCAGUAUUCUUUUUGCAGAUGUGAAAGGUUUUACUAACCUGUCUACGACCCUAUCGGCUCAGGAGCUGGUCCGAAUGCUCAAUGAACUCUUUGCCCGCUUCGAUCGACUUGCCCACGAGCACCAUUGCUUAAGGAUAAAGAUUCUGGGUGACUGUUAUUACUGUGUCUCGGGGCUUCCUGAGCCCAGACCAGACCACGCCCACUGCUGUGUGGAAAUGGGCCUCAGCAUGAUCAAAACCAUCAGAUAUGUGCGUUCACGUACAAAACACGACAUCGACAUGCGUAUCGGGAUUCAUUCUGGGUCAGUCCUGUGUGGGGUUCUGGGACUGAGGAAGUGGCAGUUUGAUGUCUGGUCAUGGGAUGUCGACAUUGCUAACAAACUCGAGUCUGGCGGCAUACCUGGACGGAUCCACAUCUCUAAAGCUGCCCUAGACUGCUUGAACGGAGAUUAUGAGGUUGAGGCAGGCCAUGGAAAGGACAGGAACGACUUCUUGCGCAGACAUAACAUCGAGACUUUCCUGAUCAAGCAGCCAGAGGAGAGCCUUCUCUCCCUGCCUGAGGACAUCAUGAAGGAGGCCACCAACCAAUCAGAUCACAGAGCAUCUACCACCACAUUCACAGAAGGCACCUGGAGUCCAGAACUGCCUUUCCACAAUAUCGUGGGCAAGCAGAAUACGUUGGCUGCGCUCACGCGUCACUCCAUAAACCUGCUCCCCAACCAUCUGGCCCAGGCGCUGCAUGUGCGCGCCGGCUCGCAGGAGAUUAACGCACGCAUGCAGAACAGCAUCGCACUGCGCAGCGGAGACAAACUCCGACGACAACACAUCACACCCUUCUCCCUCACGUUUAGAGAAGCCGUCCUGGAGCACAAGUAUUCCCAGAUGAGAGAUGAGGUGUUUAAGUCCAAUCUGGUGUGUGCCUUUAUUGUGCUCCUCUUCAUCACAGCAAUACAGAGCCUACUGCCAUCUGCAAGGAUGGUGACCAUGGUGAUCCAGUUCUCUGUGCUCAUCUUUCUGCACUGCUGUCUGGUUGUUGUGACGACGGCAGAGGACUACAAAUGUCUGCCGCUGGUUUUGCGCAAAGCCUGUUGCUGGGUGAAUGAGACAUACACUGCGCGAAAUGUUGUCAUUCUCCUCUCCAUCCUCAUCAACUUCUUAGCUGCUAUUAUUAACAUUUUGUGGUGUAAUGUAGAUAAAUCCAUCUGGGAUGUGUUCAGAAAUGGCACAUUUGAUGCAUCUGCCUCCAUCCCUGGCUGUCUCUACCCAGAGUAUUUUGUAUUUACGGGCGUGCUGGCAAUGGUGACAUGUGCCGUGUUCCUGCGGUUAAACUCCGUCCUGAAGCUGGUUAUUCUGCUGUUAAUGAUCGCCAUCUACUCUCUACUGACUGAAGCUUUCUACCACUCUCUGUUCACUCGCUAUGACACCAUCUCCAACUAUGAUACUUUCACAAACCAGAGCGAAAGCUUCCUGGGAACCAAGAGAACAUCUUUACUGCUGAUGGCAAUGUUCCUCUUAGCAGUAUUCUAUCAUGGGCAACAGCUGGAGUACACUGCGCGGCUAGACUUCCUGUGGCGAGUGCAAGCAAAAGAAGAGAUCAAUGAGAUGCGCGAGUUGCGUGAGCACAAUGAGAACAUGCUGCGCAACAUUCUGCCCAGCCACGUUGCACGCCACUUCCUGGAGAAGGACAGAGACAAUGAGGAGCUAUAUUCUCAGUCAUACGAUGCUGUCGGGGUGAUGUUCGCCUCUAUCCCUGGCUUUGCUGACUUUUAUUCUCAGACUGAAAUGAACAAUCAGGGAGUUGAGUGCUUGCGGCUACUUAACGAGAUCAUCGCCGACUUUGAUGAGCUACUGGGGGAAGAUCGUUUUCAGGACAUUGAAAAGAUUAAGACCAUUGGCAGCACAUAUAUGGCGGUAUCCGGCCUGUCACCAGAAAAACAGCAAUGUGAGGAUAAGUGGGGUCACCUGUGUGCUCUUGCUGACUUUGCCAUUGCUCUGAAUGAGAGCAUUCAGGAAAUCAACAAACAUUCUUUCAACAACUUCCAGCUGCGAAUUGGUAUGGCUCAUGGCUCCGUGGUAGCGGGCGUGAUUGGUGCCAAGAAGCCUCAGUACGACAUUUGGGGUAAGACGGUGAACCUAGCCAGCCGCAUGGACAGUACCGGGGUGAGCGGAAAGAUCCAGGUGCCCGAGGAGACAUAUGCUAUUCUGUCAGAGCGUGGCUUUGCCUUUGAGUACCGUGGUGAGAUCUAUGUGAAGGGCAUCAGCGAGCAAGAGGGCAAGAUCCGCACGCACUUCCUGCUGGGCCGUGUGCAGCCCAACCCUCUGAUCCUGCAGCCACGCAAGCUCACGGGCCAGUACUCACUUGCAGCUGUCGUGCUUGGCCUUGUCCAGUCCCUCAACCGGCAGAAGCAGAAACAGAUCCUCAAUGAGAAUAACAACACGGGCAUCAUGAAGGGUCACUAUAACCGCAGGACCCUGCUGGCACCUGGGGGUCCAGAUACCAGCCAUGCUGAAAUGGCUGCAGACAAGAAUGAGCUGGCUUAAAGACCAUCUGAUAUUUUAAAAAGGACUAAUAGUAAAGGAGGCUUUGGGUGAGGAAGAACAUUUUUAGCUGUCCCAGAGAUGGCUUGAGUUCAAAGAUGUGAGAUCAUUUGACUGAAAGACUAAGCUGUCCCAAAGACUGUCUGAUAAAUUAACUAGGUAUCCUUCUUGCUGUCCAUGUUUCUUUUUUGUAUUUCUUUUGUAUUUCAAAUAUAAUAAAGGGGUUUAAUUUUUUAUAAAA